AUGAUCAACAAACUCCCNCCCAAACCCAAACCCAAACCCAACCCCAACCCCAACCCCAAACCCAAACCCAAACCCAACCCCAACCCCAACCCCAAACCCAAACCCAAACCCAACCCCAACCCCAACCCCAAACCCAAACCCAAACCCAACCCCAACCCCAACCCCAAACCCAAACCCAAACCCAACCCCAACCCCAACCCCAAACCCAAACCCAAACCCAACCCCAACCCCAACCCCAAACCCAAACCCAAACCCAACCCCAACCCCAACCCCAAACCCAAACCCAAACCCAACCCCAACCCCAACCCCAAACCCAAACCCAAACCCAACCCCAACCCCAACCCCAAACCCAAACCCAAACCCAACCCCAACCCCAACCCCAAACCCAAACCCAAACCCAACCCCAACCCCAACCCCAAACCCAAACCCAAACCCAACCCCAACCCCAACCCCAAACCCAAACCCAAACCCAACCCCAACCCCAACCCCAAACCCAAACCCAAACCCAACCCCAACCCCAACCCCAAACCCAAACCCAAACCCAACCCCAACCCCAACCCCAAACCCAAACCCAAACCCAACCCCAACCCCAACCCCAAACCCAAACCCAAACCCAACCCCAACCCCAACCCCAAACCCAAACCCAAACCCAACCCCAACCCCAACCCCAAACCCAAACCCAAACCCAACCCCAACCCCAACCCCAAACCCAAACCCAAACCCAACCCCAACCCCAACCCCAAACCCAAACCCAAACCCAACCCCAACCCCAACCCCAAACCCAAACCCAAACCCAACCCCAACCCCAACCCCAAACCCAAACCCAAACCCAACCCCAACCCCAACCCCAAACCCAAACCCAAACCCAACCCCAACCCCAACCCCAAACCCAAACCCAAACCCAACCCCAACCCCAACCCCAAACCCAAACCCAAACCCAACCCCAACCCCAACCCCAAACCCAAACCCAAACCCAACCCCAACCCCAACCCCAAACCCAAACCCAAACCCAACCCCAACCCCAACCCCAAACCCAAACCCAAACCCCAAACCCAAACCCAAAACCCAAACCCAAACCCAAACCAAACCCAAACCCAAACCCAAACCCUUGAUGAUUAAUAUAUCUUUUCAAUCUUUUUAAUCUCUAAUACUUUUAAUAUCAAUUGA